AACAAUUAGCUAUUGAAAUUGUUUUGUGUAAUUUGAGACCACCAAUGUUACCCGAAAUCCCGAGUAAAAUACAAGAUCUCAUAUAUAGAUGUUGGGAUGCUGAUCCUUCAAUAAGACCUAGUAUCGGAGAAAUUUAUAAUAUUGUUAAAGAUAUAUAUUGUGAGAUUCUUGAAAAUAAGGAAUUAGCUAUUGAAUAUGGGAAAAACCGAGCUAUAGUGACUUUCAAUACAAAUUUACAACAAGAAAAUUCUUAUCAUAGCAAGAUUGUUAAUUUAAAGCUUAAUAAUUCAGAACUACACAAAAAAGUCUCUGGUACAAGUGGUAUUAUCGAUUUCGGUCAGAAAUAUUCAGAACUACACAAGAAAGUUUCUGGUGCAAGUGGUAUUAUCGAUUUCGGUCAGCAAUAUUCAGAUCGAUACAAAAAGGUCUCUGGUACAAGUGGUAUUAUCGAUUUCAGUUAG